AUGACUAGUCGUAGUGGUAGCGAGCUACAGGACGGCUUGCAUGUGGAUGAUCCCAAUCUCUCGAACAUCGACAUCUCACAGAUCAGCAUCUCAACUCAGACUGAUGAGGAGUUGAUGGAGAUAUCAAACCUCCGUCUGUCGUCCAUCUCGCAGUCAACUGCAACUGACUUGGACAAGUCUGCCCCGACUGAUCAAGAACAGCUGGAAUCCAUAUUCACCAGAUCCAAUGAGCUGUUCGACAGCAUGGACGAGUUGGGCCGCGAUUUGCUGGGCUGGCAAGAGUUGCAGAUAAAUCAAGACAGGAUAGCCAGUAUGCUUCACCGAAACAGUCCAGAAAAGUUACAUGACCACGACAUCUCGACCAUCACUGGAGCUGAACUCGAGUGCUUAGAUCUCGAGCUCGAAUAUCACGUAAAGAUGUUGAUUCCGUCUCCAUUUCUAAUGGCUCGGCAAGUCUACGAUGCUUUGAAGGCCCACAGAUCAGUUACCCAAGUUAUCAUUAACGACAUGAGGCUCCUUGAACUAAAGUUUCCACAAGAGGAAGAGCUGGAGGACCGUCGUUCUGAACACGAGGCGGACGUUAAGAUGGUUGAAGAUUGGCUUGACAACAUACUCAAGACCGUGGAAGCUAUUUCUGUGCGCCCGACCUGA